AUGUAUGAUAAUAAAGCAAGUCUUUUAAAUUUGGAUAAAUCUUUACCUUCAUUGCCAAAUGAUGACAAUCAGCAAAUGACACAAAUACAAACUAUUCAGUCGUUUUUGGGUGAAGAAUAUAUAAUAUUUGCCACCAGUGGUCAUUUACGAGAAUUAAAAAAAUCUGGCAUGUAUAAUUUGGGGGUAGAUUUGCAAAACUUUCACCCUGCUUACAAAAUAAUUGAAGGAAAAGAGGAGGGAAUUACUCCGACUGACCCUGACCGGGAAGGUGAAGCCAUUGCCAGUGACGUUAUUGAACUGCUGGAAUUAGACCCUAAAAAAUAUCAACAUCGACGUUUACUUUUUUAUGAAAUUACUCCCCAAAGUAUUAAAAAAGCUCUCACUAGUCCCCUCGAUAUUAACCAGAAUUUAGUCGAUGCCCAAAGGUCCCGCCAAGUACUCGACCGCAUGAUUGGCUUUUGCCUGAGUCCUCUUUUGCAAAAAAAUCUGCAAGCGUUAUCAGCCGGUCGGGUGCAAUCAGUAGUUUUAAAACUAAUCGUUGAACGAGAAUUAUUGAUUAAACAAUUUGAAAAAAAAAAACUUUAUAUCAUUUGUGGAAUUUGCCAAGUAAAAAAUCAAAAAAUAACUCUCAAGCAAGUUGAUAAUACUGGUCAGUUAAUUCUUUACAAGGACAAAGUUGAGGCCGAAGAAAUCAAAAACAAACUUGCUAAAUCGCAAUUAGGAUUUUCGGUGGCUCAAACUACUCAAUUAGCCCAAAAAUUAUAUGAAGGACCCGAGGAAAUUAAAAGUUCUCUAACGGAGGAAGAAUAUAGUCUCUACAAAUUGAUAUAUAAUCACACUUUGGCUAGUUUAAUGAGUCCGGCUCAAGUUAACAAAAUUACUUAUAACUUUCUUAAUAAUAAUUAUCAUUUUGUUACUGCUGAAAGAAUUUGCCAAUUUGCUGGAUUUUUGGUAGCUUUUCCAGAAGUUUAUUUUUCUAAUUAUAAUGUAAAAUUGCAGAGUGAAUUAGCAGAAGUUUCGCAACUAGAAGCCAAAAAAGUUGAAAUUCAAGAAUAUCAGGAAAAUAAACCAGUUCGUUAUAAUGAAGGUAGUUUAGUUCAAGAAUUAGAAAGAUUGGGGGUUGGUCGUCCUUCGACUUAUAACAUUUUUGGUCGGGUGCUAUUGAAAAGAGGUUAUGCCCAACUAAAUGAAAAGGGUCAAUUUGUCCCUACUCCACUAGGAAUUUCAGUUAAUGGUUACACUGCAGCUUUGGAAGAGGAAUUAGACAAAAUUAGCCAAGGGGAAAAUGAUUAUCAGACUUUUAUUAGGGCUUUUUGGGAAGAAUUUAGUCUUUCGCUGAAAAGAAUUAAUUUAUACAUGACAAAAAAAAGUAAUCAAUUAAAAAUCACUGUUUAUGGUUAUGAUGUGGCAACGGUCGAGGAAGCCACGAAAUUAGUUACCGAAAAAAUUUCCCAACUUAAAUUAACUUUUAGCGGUCCCGUUCCUUUUCCCAAUCAAAAAAAAGUUGCUACGGUGAUAAUUUCACCACAUAAACAUAAAAGUUCCCAGGAGCAUUUGUCUCAAGAAACUCAUCGCCGAGUAAUUAACGUUUUUGGUAUCUCUCCAACUGACUUAGACAAUUUGGAAAUUUUAAAAUCAAAAAUUUCUAAUACGGCCUAUCUAACAGAGAAAAAAUUAGAAAAUGCUAAUGAACAGUUAACUAUUGAGCGGGAAAAGGUUGAGUCAAUGGAGCGAAAAUUACAGCAAGAGGAAAAGAGAAUAAGCGAAUUUUCCAAUCAACUAUUCCGCAAAGAGGAGUUAUUUACUCAGCAACUGGCGGUAAAUUCCAAAAAGGAAAAGAGUGUUCAGGAAGAGAUGGAAAAAGUUAACGAGAUAAAAAAGAAGAUAACAGAUGAUUCAGAAUUAGUUUUUGCUCGCACAACUGAUAAUUUGCAAGUGGAAAAUCGGCAAAUAAUUAGUAAGAUAAUUGGAAAAGAAGGGCGGAAUAUUAAUGCUUUUCAGCGAGUUACUGGUACUGAAGUGAUUAUUGACCGCGAGAGCGAUGAAUUAACCGUGCAAAUUUCUUCCUUUAAUUCCUUGCGACGAGCAAUCGGUUUACAAACUCUCCAUACUCUAAUUAAAGAAGAAAGAUUUUCCCCUCUCCAAAUUGAAAAAACUUACGAAAAAGUAAGUUCUGAAACUAACGAACUUAUUAUUAAAACUGGUGUUGAAGUAUUGAAAGAAUUAGAAUUGAAUGAUGUUCAUCCAGAAUUAGUUAAACAUUUGGGAAAACUAAAAUAUCGCACUAGUUAUGGGCAGAAUGUGUUGGAACAUUGUCUAGAAGUAGCCAAAUUGGCGGGAAGUAUUGCUGCCGAAUUAGGCUUGGAUGUGCUUUUAGCUCGGCGUUCUGGUCUCUUUCACGAUAUUGGCAAAGCGGUGGAAGAUGGGGGAGGUUAUUCUCAUGUCCUGAGUGGUGUCAGUUUAGCCAAAAAGUACCAAGAAUCCGAAAUAGUUAUUAACGCGAUUGCUUCUCAUCACCCGGCUGAUAAAUUGUCGGCGGCUCGACCAGGUGCUCGUGGUUAUCAACUUGAAUCUUAUAUUACCCGGAUGAGUAAUUUAGAAAGUAUUGCUAGUGAGUUCCCAGGAAUCAAAAAAAGUUAUGCUUUUCAAGCAGGAAGAGAAGUAGAAAAGAUUAAAAAAGAUAUUAUCAUUCCUGAUGGAACUGGUAAUAGUUCAGUUUUAGAUAAGUCGCGACCAGAAAUCGAAUUCUUGCUGAUGGAAAGGACGGGUAGGGUAUGGCCCCAUCAUGGCGGGAAAAAAGCAUUAAGUGCUAGCACUCUUACCAAAAUUUUGCGCGAGGUAGAGUAUAAAGACAUACCCCAGUUCAUCCUGCUCAGAGCAGCUGAGCGUGGAAAAAACUUCCAUGACACUAUUCAAGAGUUCGUGCAAAAUGGCAAUCAUCCUGAUUUUGUUGAUUUGGUAGAAAGUGCCAAGUUAAAUAAUUUGGACAAGAGAAUUCACGAAACAGAUGAAUUAUUGGCUACUUAUGUUGACCUAGAGUUUCAUGAUUACAUUAUUGAGUUGAAAACUAGCAAUAUCAAGUCAAAUGAUAGUCCCACUGGCGAAGGGGUAAUUUUUGAUGAAUUUCAAAUAUCGCCUCAUUCGCUAAAAAUACUUGACAUGUUGGUGGAAUUAGUGCGGAAUGGCGAUACUUAUUCGCUACAAAUGAAAAAGGCAAUUAUCCAAAAAAUAGUAGGUAAUUAUUCGGCACCUAAAAAACUAAUACAAUAA